CCGAAUCUUGAAGUGCUCGAACUGAGAAAAUUCGAUUUUGAGGAACAAGAGUGGACAGUUAGUGAUCAUGAUUUCCCAAAGCUGCGAUUUCUUCUCAUUGAUGAUUCAAAUCUCAAGCAAUGGAACACUGACGGCAGCCACUUUCCGUUGCUCGAACACCUACUGAUUCAUUAUUGCCGACGUCUGAGUGAAAUUCCAGAUAGUAUGGGAGAAAUUCCGACACUGAAGUUGGUUGAGGUCAAGAGAUGUGAGAAAUCCCUAGCGGACUCUGUCAAAGUAAUACAAGAAGAGCAACAAAAUUAUGGAGAUGAUUUUUUUGAAGUUCGUUGUAUUAACUGUUAGCCUAUCAGAAAUCUGCAUGCUUUCCCUCGAUUUUUGACAGAAUGCCCACGAGUUCGACGACAUAGUCGAGGCCUUCGGGUGGGAGGACAUACGGUACGUGGGGCCCACCCCGCGCAUGCAUGUCUACAAGAGGGUCUGGACGGCCAACGAAGGUCCCCUGUCGGAGUUCAUAUACUACCACCAUGAGAUGGUCUUGAUAAAAGAAUUCCCAGAGAAGGUGAUUCUCUUCUGUGAAGUACCUCCGCCGGAAGGAGGAGAAACUCCGAUCGCGCCUAGCUUCCGUGUAACGGAGAGGAUGUUGGAAGAGUACCCGGAGAUGGUGGAAGAGAUGGAGAGGAAAGGACUGAGAUACACGUUCAUGGCCCUAAGCAAAAACGAUACUUCUUCCAUGAGAGGUCGAGGUUGGGAAGAUGCAUUUGGGACUUCAGAUUGCGUAGAAGCAGAGAAGAGCUAAGCAAUUUCGAGUUCUUUCUAGACAUAUUGUGGAGAGGGAGCGUUUACUUUGCAUGAUUGAUCAGAUGCAAAAAACCGUCGUCCAUCAACACCUACAAA